AUGGCACAAAGGGGUUAAUCAUAAGAAAAUAAUCGCUAAAACCGUGGUUAUGAUGAUUGGCAAAGUAGACUGAACUCUGAGGCUAAUUCCUUGUAAUUAAGGCUCCAUCAAAUUGAGGAGUCCAAGCAGGCAUUAUAGAAUAACCGUUAGUUCAGAGAGUCAUAAGAGAAUUUUGAACAAUAAAUCUAGGUGCUUGAAGGUGAUAAGGUAUCUCUAAUGAAGAGAUUGAACAUGGUACUAAGUGAAUUGGAGAAGGCUACUCAUGAAAAAACCGAAAUCAAUCAUAAGUUACUAGAAUAGGAAAGAAUUGCGAAUGAUCUCAAGAGGAAACUAGAUGAAGUAUCAUCUCUUAAAAAUGUCGUGAAUCGUAAUCUAUAAGAAGAUUUGAGAUACGAGAGAGACCUCAACGAGAAACUGAAAGAGGAGUUAUUGAGAUUUGAGAAGGACAAAGAACAAUUGCUAGCUAAGUUAAAAGACUAAGAGAUACUCUCAGGAGAUAUUCAAAGAGAGACUAAUGCCAUUAAUGCUAAUUUAGUAAGAAAGAGCGAUGAACUCAGAAGGUUAGAAAGAGAGCAUGAGACUAAUCUUAAUAGAUUAAGAGAGUUAAAUAGUUUGAUGGAUACACUCAGACAGCAAGAAAUGCAUUCAAAUAAUGAGAAGAGAAGGAUGGAGGAUGAGUUAGAGGACCUUACUAGAGAGAGAAACGAUUUGAUCCGCAGAAUGAACGAGCUUAGCGAUAAAUAUGACGAGUAUGUUUCUACAAUGAACAGAGAGAGAUUGGAGAUUAUGAAAGCUAAUAAAAAUCAUGUUAAGUUGUUGACUUCAAAACUAUUCUUCUAGAUUUUGAAUGAAGCUCUCUACAAAAGACGCAAGCUUGCUCUAUAAAACAUUAAAAAUAUCUCCAAAUAACAACUGAACUUUAACACUAAGCUGUAAAGAUUCGCAAGAGUAGUCUACAAUUUUGGCAAAGAAAGAAAAAGAACUUAUCUAAGAAAUUGGUACAGAAGAGCCAUGAAUGUUGUUCAUGAAAAUUAUAAGAAGAUGAAUCUAAUUCAAUUUAAUGUGAACAAGAAGAGAAAGAUCGUGUUUUACUAUAACUGGAGAUAGGCAUUCCUCCAUUAAAAGAGAUGCUCUGACUCUAAGAUUGAAUCACUUAAAAUUUUUAGGAAAGUCCUAUAAUCAAAACAAGAUUUGCAGCUCAGAACUUAUCUUUGCAAAUGGCGUGAUUUUAUUGAGCUUAGGCAAUAUCAGCAAGAUUUUAUGUUCUCAGUCAUGCAUAGAAAAAGAUAGAGAAAUGUGAGAUAAGGCUUUGUGAGAUGGCUGGCUAUCACUAAAAAAGCCUAGUUAGAAGAGAGAUACGACAAAAUGAGCAAUCUAGUGACAUCUCUAUGGUUCAAACAGAGAGUAUUCCUUGGAUUAAGGUAGGCUUGCAUGGAGUAGAAAACUGAUAGCUCUAUUCUUAAAUUCAAAGCUUGGAAAAACUGGUGUGUCAAAGCUAGAUAAAACAAAUAUUUCUAAAGAAAGAAGCUUUUAGUAUCUAGACUUCAUGGUCUCAGAACUGAGAGACUUCUCAAGUAAUGCUUCGAUGCGAUUAAGUUUGGCAAUAUUCAAGAUAAAUAUGAAAAGACUAGGGAAAGGCUUGAAAGAGAAAUACCAGUAAGAGAGGAACUAGAAAGAAAAAGAGAUACUCUUAUAAAGGUCAAUAGAUCCAGGGACAAGUACAAUCUUUUUAGAUAGUGUGUAAUAAGAUACUCCGAUCUUAAGUAUAGAGCUUUGAUGAUAUGGAAGGAAAACAUUGUCUAUCAUAAUCAGCAGAUGCAAAGAAUAAAGCUUCGCCUUAUAGAGUUGCAUAAGAGAACUCUAAGUGGAGCGUUUUACAAAUGGAAGGAGGGUGCUGACAAGAAACAUAUGGUAGAACUAGUCAGUUUCACUGAGGAUUUAAUGAAUGAAAAUCAAGAAAUCUAAAACACUCUUAAAGCAUGUUAGUAAUAGAAACAGCAGUUAAUGGACUGCACCUCAAGAUAAUAAGGUCUCAAGCUUGAAAGAAUAAGAAAUAUGCUCAAUCGUAAUCAUCUCAGACAUUUCUUUGGAAGAUGGGCAAAUACCUCAUAUUAUUUCUCAAGUAUUGAGGAUGCAGUGUUUAAAUCAACCAAGACGCUUGCGAAGAGAAAAUUAAGAAAUGGAUUCAACAGGUAUAAGGAGAAGGUUAAGGAAUUGAGAAGAUUAGAGUAUAUUGCUAAAAAGGUUGACUGGUUUGAAGGCAUAAGAUCAAAUAAAUCUCUACAAGAAUGUAUGAAUGACUGGAAAGUUUUUGUCAAAAGACAAAUAUCAGCUAAGAAAUUCCUAGUCAGAUCAAUUAAAGGAAUCGACAAUCUUAUUGUUAAUAAUGCAUUCGGAACUUGGAAAAAGUGCAUGUAUGAUUAAAGGAAAGAAGUUUUCUUUACCAAUAUUGAGGAAUUAGAGAGAAGAUAAGAAGAGCAUGAAUAGUAGAUUAAGGAAAUAGAUCACUAAAUUUAAGUAAAUGAUUGCACUUAGAAGCAUUUAGAGUCUAAGCUGUAAUCACAAAGCCACAAGAUAAUGGCAAACUUUAUUUCAAGAUUCAUUUAUUCUUCUUAAGCUAAAGGAUUCUAUACUUGGCUUGAUGUUUUGAAGGAUUAAAACAACAAAAGAAGAUUCCUGAGAUCAACACUUAACUAUUGGAUAAAGAAUUCACAAGGAAAAGCUUUCAGAACUUGGGCUUAAAACACCCUUAAGAUGAAAGAGGCAGAACUUGCAGCUAAAUUACUUGCUAGAGAAAAUGAGAGAAAGGCUUUAUAAAAGCAGAAAGAUGAAUAAUAGAACAAUUAAUCUUCAGAGAUCGAAGAUCUUUAAAACUAAUUGAAUGAAGCUAUUUCUUUAAAAGAUCAACUACAAGCAAAUUAUGAAAAAGCACUCUAAACUCACAUCAAUAGAACCAAUAACAAUACCUACAUUGAUAAGAAGAGGAACAUCUUUUGUGUCUGGGCAGACUAUGUUAAAAAGGAAAAAAAUGCAGUUAAUGUAAUAGGAGCAAUAACAAGAAAGCUACUGAGGAUGGAAGUCUUCAGUAGAAUUAGAUUAGUUGCAAGAGAAAGACACCUUGAUCUGAAUGCUGAGAAAGUAAUGGCAAACUUCUUUAGAAUCUUCAAGUCGUGUCUAGUUAGAAAAGCCUAUUCAAAGUGGAGACUAGUAGCUUAUAAUGAAGUAGUAAGCGACUUAAAUGCAAAGAAAGACGAAUUUCAGCAAACAAAACUAGCUUAAGAGUAGGAAUAUGAAAACAUGUAAUUACAUAAGCAAUAGAAAGCUGAAAAGAUCUUAAAGCAAAGAAGAUAAAGAGAAAUUUCAAGUGCCUGGAUAGAAAUGUCAAAAGUACUCAAAGCACUAAGGUUAAAGGACGAAAUAAUGAGAUAGAAUAUCAGAUUUAUGCAAAUUCGAAAUGCUACUUAGAAAUGGCAUAAGAGAACUGAGAAAACUCUUUAUUUAAGAAGGAGAGAUGAAUAGGUAGUAAAGAAAUAUCAAUCUAAGAUGCUAAAGUAAAUAGUUAUUGAAUGGUAAAACAGAGUUAAGAUUUCAAAGUUACUCUGCAACAAAACUGCUAAAUUUAUCAAGAGACUAUAGUAUGUAGACUUAGCCCAUGGAUUUUCUCAAAUUGUGCAUUUUAAGAAAUCAUUUGACGAAAGAAUAAGAGAAAGAAAAGAGUAUGGCCAGUAAAGUAUUGGCUCUAUUCUUUCUAAAUUAGUGAAUACGAGGCUAAAUGAUGCAUUUUUGACUCUUAAGAUCAGAGGGUAUAAGAAACAAUAUAAGGAGUAAUUUCUUACAAGAAUGCUAAAGCAUGUCCUUUCAUAUCGUAUUAGACACUUCUUCGGAAAAUGGAAGCAUAAUUCUGAUAGACUCAGGUUGGCUGAAACAAUUAAUACUGAGGGUGAUGUUGUUCUUGAAAGAAAUGAAAUGAAAAGAAACGUUAAAGCUUUGAAAGACUUCCUAAUGAAGCAAGGCUAUUCAGAAGAUGAGAUCGAAAAAUACUUAGAGGAUAAAACCAACACUCAAAAAGGCAAUAUGCAUCGAGCUUUAGUUAGCUUGUUCUUUAAGAAAUCUGAAUUCAACAUCAUGCCUAAAGCCAUAAAUUAGUGGAAAAGAUGGAUUCAGCAGAGAAAAUUGAUGAGGGACUGGUCUUAGUUCACAGUUAAUGCAAUAAAUCAUCCACUUCACUGGUACUUCAGAAAAUGGAAGCUUUAGGAGCACCAUGCUCUUUAAAAACUAAAGGAUGUGACUAAGAAGGAGCUCAUUGAUAAAAUAAUUCAAGAUGAGCAUGCUAUUGGUGCUGCCUAAUCCAGACUAGAAAGAAUGGAUGAUAACAUCGAAAAUUUGAAGAUUCAAAGGGAAAAUUUAUUAGGGCAUUUUAAGUCAGGGCAGAAACUUGCCUUAGCUCUUGGUAAAAAUAAUCAUUAAAGAUCCCUCUUCAGGGCCUUCUUAAGAUGGAAGAAAUAUACCAAGGACUAUGAACAAAUGCUUCUGGCUGAGCAACUAGAUAGAACUAAUUUAAUGAUAAUAGACUUGAUGAAUCAUGUAGGUAGACUUGAAAAUACUAACAAGACUUUGUCAGUAGAAAAUGAAGAACUUCGAUAGGCUGCUUUAGAUGGCAUUGAAAUAGCAAAAGCUGUUCAAGAAUUAACUAUGAAGAGAGAACAACUCAGCUUCGAAUUACAGGACAAAGCAACUACAAUUAAGAAGUUAAUGGAAGAUAAUAAUAAUCUAAGUAUGAGGCUAAGCAUCGCAUAAAGAGAAGCUGAAUAACUUGAACAACUAAAUCAGCAAACAUCUUUUAUGCCCCCUCCUGAAAGAGACAGAUAUUGA